GACAUGAAGACGGUUCUCUUCUCUCUCGCUGCCGCGCUCUUCAGCGCCGCGCCCGCGCUCUCCACCGCCGUCUGGGGCCAGUGCGGCGGCACCGGCUUCUCUGGCGACACGACCUGUGCCUCCGGCUCCAGCUGCGUUGUAGUCAACUCGUACUACUCGCAAUGCCAGCCCGGCGCGUCCUCCCCCACGUCGACCGCCUCCGCCCCCGGCCCAUCGGGAUGCUCUGGCACGCGCACCAAGUUCAAGCUCUUCGGUGUGAACGAAUCCGGCGCGGAGUUCGGGAACACCGUCAUCCCGGGUGCGCUCGGCACGGACUACACCUGGCCGUCGCCCACUUCCAUCGACUUCUUCAUGGGCCACGGCUUUAACACCUUCCGUAUUCCGUUCUUGAUGGAGCGCGUCAGCCCGCCGUCGACUGGGGGCCUUACUGGCCCGUUCAACAGCACGUACCUCGACGGUCUGAAGCAGACUGUUAGUUACAUUACGGGCAAGGGCGGCUUCGCCAUCAUCGACCCGCACAACUUCAUGAUCUUCAACGGCGCGACCAUCACGAGCACCAGCCAGUUCCAGGCCUGGUGGCAGAAGCUCGCUGCUGAGUUCAAAACCAACAACAACGUCAUCUUCGACCUGAUGAACGAGCCGCACGACAUUCCCGCCCAGACCGUCUUCCAGCUCAUGCAAGCGGCCGUCAACGGCGUGCGCGCGAGCGGCGCGACCAGCCAGCUCAUCCUCGCCGAGGGCACGAGCUGGACUGGCGCGUGGACGUGGACGACCUCGGGCAACAGCGACGCGUUCGGCGCGAUCAAGGACCCGAACAACAACAUUGCUAUCCAGAUGCACCAGUACCUAGACUCGGACGGCUCGGGCACGUCCCCGAUCUGCGUGUCUGACACGAUCGGGGCGGAGCGCCUGCAGGCGGCGACGCAGUGGCUGCAGCAGAAGGGCCUCAAGGGCUUCCUCGGCGAGAUCGGCACGGGCAACAACACGCAGUGCGUGACCGCGCUGCAGGGCGCGCUCUGCGAGAUGCAGCAGGCGGGCGGGACGUGGCUCGGCGCGCUCUGGUGGGCCGCGGGCCCGUGGUGGGGAGACUACUACCAGAGCAUUGAGCCCCCGAACGGGGAUGCGAUCUCUGCGAUCCUUCCGGCGCUCAAGGCCUUCCAGUAAAUGUCAGGUUGUGCUGGAAUAUACGUACUCGUAUAGGUUCCCAUGUUGAGUCGUCCCAGGGAAAAUACAGUUUUUCAGAAUCGCAGCUCUUAC